AUGUCCGACACCGGCAGACAAUCCAUCUCUGACAAGCUCGGCGCUGCUGUCAAGCCCGACUCCGAGAAGUCGACCACCGAGCACUUCGGCGACAUGAUCAAGGGGAAGGGCGAUUCCGCUGCGUCCUCCGCGCAGCCUGAGUCCGAGAAGUCGUACACUCAACAACUCGGUGACACGUUCAGCAGCAACUCGAACGAGAAUCAGUCUUCGGUAAUGGACAAGGCGAAGAACGCCAUGGGCAUGGGUAGCAACAACAACAAUGUUUGA